GCUCCCCACAAAUUCAAACUUAUUAGAACUCAAAAACAUUAUACAAUCCAAACUGUUUCAUGAUUUCCCUUAAAUAACUACUAGAAAUCUUGUCUAACAACCGUAACCUCUGCAACUCAUCUCCCAAUCAGAAAAUUACUACACAAACCUUAAACAGUCGGUUGGGAAUUGAGAUUCGCAUCCCAACUGUAAUAAUCGUAUACGUAUACAUACUUCCCGUAUACGUACAAACAUGAAGCCACAUAUGCUUCCCGUAUCCAUACCCAACGGCUCGCCAUCAUAUUCUCCGAUGAUCAAAGCUGCGCCGGAUACGGCGUCGUCUUUGGCGGCCUCCGCCGCAAUGUUGAUCGGAUCGGAACUCGAUUUGGGCGCGGCGGUGACGAGGAUCUUGAUACCGGAGGAGGAGAAGAAGAACGAAGGGAGACCCUUGAUUCCCAGGACUUCUAGCUACACGGAGACGGCGACUUCGAAUUCAUAUCAGCAGCAGAAGAGGCGCCGCCGCGCCGCCAGUGAUAACUCCCUUUUGACUCUGGAGGACGGCGGCGGCCGCCGCUCUCUCCGCCAAGAUGCGGGGAGAGAUGCCUCUGAUACUUAUAUGCUUACUCGGCUUGGAUUUAAGUUGCUGCGAUACAUUGGGGUAGGCUUCAAAUGGAUCACCAGAUUUCUUGCCCUUGGCUGUUAUUCUUUCCUUCUUUUUCCUGGAUUUCUUCAAGUGGGAUAUUAUUACUUCACCUCUGAUAGAGUACGUAGAGGUAUAGUCUAUGGCGACCUUCGCAGAAAUAGGCUUGAUCUGUAUUUGCCUAAAAAUAGUGAUGGACCAAAGCCAGUCAUUGCAUUUGUAACAGGUGGAGCCUGGAUUAUUGGCUAUAAAGCGUGGGGUUCUCUUCUAGGACAACAGUUAUCAGACAGAGAUAUUAUGGUUGCUUGCAUAGAUUACAGGAACUUUCCUCAGGCAACUAUUGGUGAUAUGGUUAAAGAUGCUUCUCAAGGUAUCUCAUAUAUAUGCAACAAUAUUGCUGAAUAUGGAGGGGACCCUAACAGAGUAUAUGUUAUGGGACAGUCAGCCGGCGCACACAUUGCUGCUUGUACUCUACUAGAGCAGGCGAUCAAAGAGGCCAGUGGCGAAAAGACUUCUUGGAGCGUGUCUCAGAUCAAAGCUUAUUUUGGUUUAUCUGGAGGGUACAAUUUGUUGAACCUGGUAGAUCACUUUCACAAUCGAGGUUUGUACCGCUCAAUUUUCCUAAGCAUAAUGGAGGGGGAGGAAUCACUAAGAAAAUACUCUCCAGAAGUAGUGGCUCAGGAUCCUAACAACAGAAAUGCUGUUUCUCUAUUACCUCCUAUAAUCCUUUUCCAUGGAACUGCAGACUAUUCUAUCCCCUCCGUUUCCAGCACAAGCUUCGCUGAGACCCUCCGAGGCUUGGGAGUUCAAGCCGAGUCAAUCCUGUAUGAAGGCAAGACGCACACGGAUGUGUUCCUUCAGGAUCCUAUGAGAGGUGGCAGAGAUGAUAUGUUUGAAGAUUUGGUGGCCAUGAUUCAUGCCGGAGACUCCGAAGCUCUGGCAAGGGAUUCCACAGCACCUCCAAAGAGGCGGCUUGUACCCGAAUUCAUGCUGCGAUUAGCCCGCAGUGUGAGCCCAUUCUGAUAAUGGAUUUCACCAAAUUCCUACCUCUGAGUUCAAGCUAUCCUAUUUUAGAAGCCUUGUAUAUAUACCUGUAUCUGUCAUGGACAAACAUUAGCAUAUUCUUGUGGCAUUUGUUGUUGAAUACAGUGUAACAACAUUCUUGAUCGAGAAAAUCUAGGAAAUUUGUCGUCUGUUGUUAGUUUGGAAUCAGAACAGUGUGUUUAGGGAUACAGUUGAAACUUAACUGCAACCAAAUGUAAUAGUAUUUAUUUUUGUUUCCUGUCUCUCAAAAGAGAGAAGGAAAAACGGCCAUCUUUUCUGUAGGGGCUUCCUAAUUUAUGCCCCUAAACAUUAAACAUUUUCCUGGUUGUUUUCAA